UUCCGCGCCGUCGUUUCCGAGGGGGCCGCGUUCGAGGUUACGCCCUCCCACGCGGGCCGGACUGAAAUGACUGUGAAAGGAUGAUGCCCAAACCCAAGGGCUUUGAAUUUUGGAAAAACACACUGAGAGGGGCCCGUUUUGUGGUUGCUCCUAUGGUGGAUCAAAGCGAACUGGCUUGGAGACUGUUAAGCCGCCGUCAUGGGGCCCACCUAUGUUAUACUCCUAUGCUGCAUGCUCAGGUCUUUGUCAGAGAUGCCAAUUAUCGUAAGGAAAACUUGUAUUGUGAAGUGUGCCCUGAAGACAGACCUUUGAUUGUACAGUUCUGUGCCAAUGAUCCAGCAGUGUUUGUCGAGGCUGCCUUGUUAGCUCAAGACUAUUGUGAUGCAGUUGACCUGAAUCUGGGGUGUCCUCAGAUGAUUGCAAAAAGAGGUCACUAUGGAGCAUUCCUGCAAGAGGAGUGGGACCUUCUCCAAAAAAUGAUUGCAUUGGCUAAUGAAAAGCUCUCUGUACCCAUUACAUGCAAAAUCCGUGUUUUCCAAGAAAUUAGUAAAACUGUGAAAUAUGCUCAAUUGCUGGAGAAAGCUGGUUGUCAACUUCUAACUGUCCAUGGCCGCACUAAAGAACAGAAGGGACCUCUUGUUGGUGUGGCUUCCUGGGAGCACAUACAGGCUGUGAGAAAGGCUAUAAACAUCCCCGUUUUUGCAAAUGGAAACAUUCAAUACCUCAAAGAUGUGGAACGGUGUAUUCAGAAGACAGGCGUUCAGGGUAUUAUGAGCGCAGAGGGCAAUCUUCAUAAUCCCGCUUUAUUCGAAGGAAGAAAUCCGGUCGUCUGGGAGAUGGCUGAGGAAUACCUAGAAAUAGUACAGCAAUAUCCUUGCCCAUUGUCCUAUGUCAGAGCUCAUCUCUUCAAGCUUUGGCAUCACACGCUGCAGGUUCACCAGCAGCUACGUGAUGAAUUAGCAAAAGUGAAGACACUGGAAGGAUUAGUGGCUGUCAACAGGGAGCUGAAGUUGCAUUGCCAGAAAGAAAUAGCACAUUUGAAGGAAGAAGAGAAGCCAAAGGGAGGAUUACCUUUCUUCCACUGGAUUUGUCAGCCGUACCUAAGACCAGGGCCUAAGGAAACGUGCAACAAAAAUGUCCCAUCUAGCAUAGAAGGAGGUACUCGGGGAAAACGAGCUCUGGAGGAUGAAGAAGAUGGAAACUCGGAUUCUCUCUCAAAAAACAAACAAAAGAAGAAGUUAAGGAAUCCCAACAAAAGCUUUGAUCCAUCAUUAAAACCUAAAUAUGCAAAGUGUGAUCAGUGUGGAAAUCCAAAGGGUAACAAGUGUGUAUUUAAUCUGUGUCGAGGCUGCUGUAAGAAAAGAGCUUUCAGAGAGACAGCAGACUGUCCUGGUCACGGUCUACUUUUUAAAACCAAACAAGAAAGGUCUAUUUUGUGGAAAAGUGGCCAAUCCCAUAUGGAAAAUAUUAAGCGGACAACACAGCAAGGUGAGGUGGAGGAAGCAAUGUUGCUUAAAGAGGCUAUCAACGGUGUGGCAUGAGGCCUUGGAAAGCCCUCCUGGAUCUUCAAACUGUCCUUCCCCUCCC